AUGGAGAGAGGAUUCCAGCUUCAAACAAAACCUAUUUUCAGCGGCGGCGAAGCCUCCUCCACGGCGGAGAUGGUGGUGGACGAAGUUUUUUUCAAUGGCGUCCAUGCCGGGUUAACCUUCCACUCCUUGUUGAUGCAAGACCAGACGCCGCCGCUGCCUCCAUUCUUGGAGUCUUCUCUCAACUACGAUCCCAAUGGCUAUCCGGCAACGGAAAUCCAUAAUCUGAAAAUUCCGAAAACUGAACAGCAGUUUUUCAAUGUAAAUAGCUCCGUCUCCGGUGAGGUUCCUCAGUACAACUUCUUCUUCAAUACGACGCCGUCUGUUGCUGAAUCUGAUGUCAUCUUCCCUCAGCUACCUAGCCUCCUCUCUCUGGAGCUGCCUCAACACAAGCAUUUCCAACUCGCUGCUUCCUUACCGUCGAACUCAGCAGAACCGGCAGCGAGUGCUACCCACUCGGAGAAGAGUUACCACCAGCACCGGUUCGGUCCAUACAGGUCUCCUGGAGCUGUGGCGCCGUCGAGCACACUGGCGAGGCAGCGGCGGCAGAGGAUUAGCGACAAGACAAGGUGUUUGCAGAAGCUUUUGCCUUGGGACAAGAGGAUGGACAUGGCAACGAUGCUGGAGGAGACAUACAAGUACAUCAAGUUCCUCCAGGCGCAGAGUAGCGUCCUCCAGUCUAUGCCUAGUAACACUGGGGCGGCGCCUCCACUUUCUUUCGGCAAUGAAGAAAAUGGUGGAGUUUAUGGGAGUGUUUUGGAGCGGCUGAACAGGCAGCAAUUGCUGGAGGUGGUGGUGAAUUCUCCCGUGGUUCAGACGAUGCUUUACUCAAAAGAAUGCUGCGUUUACUCCGUCGAACAGUUGAAUAUGCUGCAGAACAUUGCUGAAAGAAAUGGAUUGAUUCAUCACAUGCAUGGCAUUUGA